AGGUUAAGUAAUCAACAGGUACAAGCGCGUCUUUUAUCUGGGACGAAGAAGAGUCACGUCCGACUAGCACUCGAACGGGUUCUUCUGGCGACUUUUGAUAUAGAUAUUUUUUAUUCUGGAGCACGUAUCUAUUAAGCCGAGGAAUAUUGUGUAGAAUCAAUUGUCUCAUAUAAGUAUGUUGAUAUCUCCUUUUAGAAGCAAGAAGCAAGAUCAUGACGCAGCUGCGCACCGUGCACGUAGGGUGCGUAUUUUCCUUAUUCUAUUUCGUGCGAACCGAAUGCAGUAGAGUACUUCAGCUGUUCGUUUUCUCGGUUAUUCGGGAAGCACAUGCUUAAGACGAGUAUUCACUUGAGUGCAUUUGUUUCCGAUUGCUAUCUUGUAGUUUGAAAUCUCACAAGAUAAGUGAGUAAAUAGAUGCACAGAAUACGUGGGGUGAAUCCAAAGAACUUCUGAGUGAAGGCUGGGCUCCCUUCACUCUGGCGUCUCUUCAUUUUUGAGCUUGCUUCUUUAUUCCAAUAGAAUUCUAGGCAGCAACCUUAAUCUUUCUAAUCCGAAAUUUUUGCCAACAGUGCAGGUGCACAGGAUCGGCACAAUAAAAGUGGUGGCAGUGUCAAAAGUAGCUCUUCCAGCUUCCUCGAUGUGCACGAUUUGGCUUCGUUCGUGAAUGGUGUGCGGCGGGUUGGUCCCGGCGGGCGUGAAUUAGCAGGGGCCCUCUUGAUUUGGCUGGCAGAGGAGCCGGUCGAAGAAGGUGACGCUCUGUUUUCACUCUUACAAUUAUGGCUCAGCCUUCGUUGGUCAUUGAGGUUGGUCACUGACGCCGAAGAGGAGACCCCUUGAGACAACAGGGGAAAAUGAAGAAAAAACAAGUGGACAGGCAUGGGGCCCCUUUCUUUCAGAAUCAGUGGCCAAUGAGCCGACCUUUAAUACAAGAUGCGCGAGCCCUGUUGGGAGAAGCUGAAGGUCAAUACCCCCGCACAAGCGCUGUGGGGCUAUUUUUGCGCCGUCUGGCAUUGGAGGCACAGAAGGCGAGUUUCGAAUCGCUUUGCGCUUUGAGCGAGGCCGUAGAAAAAGAACGGCAAGCGAUCACCUUUUCCGUGCUCGUAAACGAACCCAUUCUUGACGGGGCCGACGACUUUCUUGCAGCGAAUGAGGUACUGAGCAGGAGUUAGUGAUAGCAUAAUUCGUUUACGAGACAAAAAGAUAUUAUUUAGGUAUCUGUUCUGGAUUGGAUAUGGAUUCUGUUGUAUUGUUGGUUUUAUUCUCAGGUGGGGCGUUGCUUAUCAUGGUACGCUGUGCAGUCUAUUUCCUGAUUGCUACAGCGUCAAUACUUGAAUACAACAGUCUGGAACCAGAUCCCUUCCCUCUCUCUCUCUCCUUAUUCUCUUUAAGUUUAUGAACCUUCUCUAUAUGAGCUUAGACGAGCUGUGAGUGAAGCGAGUUGGUCUCCUCACGCGCGUGCUCCCUGCUCGUGUUGCCUUCUUUAAUAACUAGUUACCCAGAUGGUGAUGGGCGAUGGCCUUUUCACUAAGGCCAUCAAGCGCUUAUCUUAUAAGGGGUCGGGAUGCGACUGCCAGUAGGGCUUGACAUGGUGACCCGGUACCCUUGGUCUUGUUAAGUUGUGGUGAACUACUGCCAGUGCGAGCACCCCUCUCAGUUCGCUCCCACCUGAGCGCUGGGGGGUGGGACGCCAAGGGCUGUAGCAUUGCCCGCCCUCUUUUUCUAACUAACUCCUACUUAUUUUAUUUAUAUUCUUAAUCUCUUGUUGCGCGCGCUCGUCCUUUGCUCACGAUUAAUGAGGGUGAGAGAUGCGUUUAAGGUUCUUACCCGUUCCUGCCCUCUGUGCUCCUCAAGAACGAACAAUCAUUUGAUGAGGGACAUCCUGGACUACUUACUGUACAUUUAUUUGUAGCUAGCUAUUCUUGAUGUCCCCAACAAUACGACUAUCUUCCGAAAAAGACUCAUCACUGUUCACGAAGAGAUUUCUUUGCCAACAAACUAAACGAAAAUCAAAGGACUCCUGCCGUUCAUGGUUUUCUUCGUAUGAGCAACACAGCGCUCAUGGGCGAAUACUCGAGGCCGCUGCAUCGCUUCGUGCGUGCCACGUGAGAUUGCAGCGGAGUAGGCGGAAAAGGAACGAGCAAGAUCCUAGUCAACUUCCGGCAGAGAUGCACUACGUGCUUCUUGCUCUCGCAGGACUCUACUAUUAUGUCACUUGUAGGCGUGCCAACUAUUUGUGAUCUUGUGGCUCAAGGCUACAUAUCAGCUGAGUCCGUCUUCGUUGCAUCUCAACAAGCAGUCAGCUACUUUAGCAAAGAACUUGAAGAUACGAAAAUUCUGACGUCUAGGAGGGAGAGCUGAAAAACCAGCUAGAGCUCUUUUAUUUCUUUCUUGAUCUCGUCUACUCAUUGAAGCUGUGCUUGUGAUUUCCAUCCUUUUCAGAUUCGUACUUGCGUCAUAUAGCUGACUUAGAUAUAAUAUAUCAACCCUUGUUUCAUUCGUCCAAUGUUUUUCAAUGAUCUAAUGUGACAAAGGAAAGCAGUAUGAGACCGCGUGGCAGUUUGUUGGCGAGGCAAAUCGAGCAGCGCAAGAGGCAUGCGAUCACAAGGGGCUUGUGCGGUGUCUUUUCCAGAGCGCUUUGGUUCAGAUUCAGCAGGGGCUAUUCGCUCGUGCUCAGGCAAGUUUGCGCGCUUGUGGCGAGCGCGCCUGUGCUUUCGGAAGUGCAACGAAAGUUAAGUUAUCUCACAGAUUCUCAAGAGAGUUUAGACUAGGACAGAUGCUGAAGGGAUACGAAUACCAAGAAUCUUUUGAGAGAAGCUGUCGCAUCUAAGAAGGGACUAGAAGUAUUUGCUUUUUUUCGACACAUUUCUCAGAGAAUCAAGCUGUCUCAUCUAAGACGGAACUAGAAGUUCUUGCCUGGGGGGCAUUAGCACGCCUCGUAGCAUCCCGUCCACACCUGUUGCAAACUCGCGCUUUCUUAGAAGGAUCAUCGGCUGCAUUACCAGGAGGACAAGCGCAGGAGCAAGAACCAAAGUUAAGGGUUAUGGACCUGUGGUGGAGAGCGAAGACCGUUACAUGAUUUUAUAUGAUCGAUAUUUGAUGUGUUUCACAUGGAGGACACUGUGCCUACUCCAGACAAUACGGAAUGACAUUUUAUUACUUAUCUUCGUUAUAUUAUCUUUGAAUUUGAUGUGGACGAGGUAGGCGUUCUUGUGGCCCUAGAAGAUCUCUUCGUGAUCAUGACUGAUCGAGUGUAUUGGGGCCCUUGAGGUUGAGGAGCACUGAAUGAGGACCUCAUCUAAGCAAAGUCGCAGGAAUUGUGCCUGGAGGGUUCACCGUGCCGGCUGCGCCGUACCUGGAUCACAGUGCAAUUGGCGCGCAUCGGAGCGUAGUGAUCUACCAUACUCUUUCGAACCAAGCCAGCUUUAGAUCAUCUGUGGAGGAGCAUCGUGCGGAGCUUCUGGCAGGACAGAGCCUGGUUUUCUGCGUCGCGGGUCAGCGCGGACUCGCGGAGGCAACGGCGCGCAUUGCAGAGCGGAUCCACAAGUCCUCACCAACACGCCCUUCUCAGUUUUCGCAUGAGUGUCCGAACUCAGACGGUCAACGACAGGCGUUUGAGCAGGCUCUGCGCACAGGAGAUUUUGUUACGUGCCAGACCCUGGUUAAAGAGCCAUUAGAAGAUCGCGCUGCACAUGUACUGCAAAAAGCCCGGUUGAGUCUCGCGCGGGGUGAUUUUGUGGCAGUCGUGGAUCAAUUGGAUGCAGCGUGCACGUUUUUGACGCAAGAUAUUCUUGCUGGACCACGACGAGACAAGUAUUAUCAACAGAAGAAUAUAGUGCAUCCGCCUACAAGCAGGACCAAGAUCCAGUUUGCAACGACUGCCAUGCAACAAGAUGCACACCAAAGAAAAGCUCCUCCUCAGGUUGGAAUCAAUCUUCCAGUAGGGAACACGAACAACACUGACAACAAAACAAGACAUCAUGCUCAAAAAUGGCGUGUGGAUUUACGAGUUUUAUCUUCGACGGCAGAAGAAUUGUCUCAAAGACGUGUCAAUCAAACGCAUGACCACCCCCAAGUCCAAACUCCAGUAGAAGUUCUUCAUGAAAAGAGGAGAAGAGGGUGUUUGGUUUAUCGUGACCAUCUGACUGUUCAAGAUGUGGCGCUCGCGCACACGCUCAUCGCGGAUGCUCAUCUCGGAUGCCGCUCUCCGAUGCCAGCUGCGUUGGCCUGCGGAAGAGCCUUACUUAGGGAGGCGGUGUCAUCUCGACUGUUAUCUCAAAGUACAAGUGCGCAAGAGGAAAUUUUUUAUAGAGUAAAUGAUAAGUUUCUUUUUUCUGUAGUAUCGUCACGUGUAGACGGUCAAUACCAUUAACAGUAGAAAUGUCAGCGUUGAUGCUUUAACAUUUCCCCAAAUAAGGAAAAGCUUGGCGCUAGCGCGUAUGACGCCGAAUCAAAUCAAAGCGCGGCUCUCUUCUAAAUUGAUGAUGGCACACAAAUUUGGCCUGCAAGAGGCGCGAGCGCGGGCGCUCAGUCGAGUUGCACGCAUGCAUUUCCAGCUAGAGGAUUUCAAUGCUGCGCAACGCUCUCUAAACGAGGCACGCGCGCUGCUUGUCAGGCAAGGUACUGGUGGUAGUGAGCUCUCUGGCUACAUCGAAGAAGUUGCGGCUGAUAUCUCUCUUUCUAUGUCGCGGAUUAGUGUGUCUGGAUCGUCUGGCGGUGAAGAUGAUAAUGAGGAACGUGGUGACUCCUCACAGCAACACUCUGCGGCGACGCGCAGUUGUUCGGCCUCCACCUCCACUGGCAGAGGCAAUUGUGUGCCUGACAUAGAGAACGACGACCUUUUGACUUCAAGCAGCGACUCGGGAAGCGAUAUUACUGGAAGACGUGCCAGAACUGCCACCAAAACUGCAGCAAGAGGUACUAGAACGAAAAGUAGCAUGAGGCGUCAAAAAUUUCGGCGGCAUAUUGAUGCCUCUUUGAAGACCACUUACGUUCCUGUGGACCACGAAGAGUCAUUCUCUUGCAUAAGCAAGUGGAAGGCUCAAGAACAACAAAACACUUGUGGAAUGCGGCAGCGGUUUCAGAGAGCGGCUUCAGUGCAUUUGCUCCGUGCAGUGGAAAUUUACGCAGAAAUUGACGACUUUUGGAGCCUAAAUCUUAAGAACAUGCAGAAUAGAUUUUUGAUAAUUCGUUUAGCACACGUUGGCGUGUGAAUUCUUCCUGUAGCACGAUAUGUCGGGUACGAAAUCCACCACUAAGACUGGCGUUGCGCGAGAGCUAGCCUUCCUGUAUAACGAUAUGCAGGAUACGAAUGCGCGAGACAAGAUUGCACGCGUCGUACGCUGCGUGUCGGCUCUACUAAAAAGUGUCCAAGUAGCAGGAAAUGGUCGAAGUGGAAGCAAAAGGGAUGAAGAUGAAAGGAAUCCCGAACAUGCUGAAUUAAGACAGGCUCUGGCUCGUGUCUUGCUCUUGUCUUCCGCUCACGAUGCGGUGAGUGGAGAGACUUCCGGAUGCUUGCUUCCGUUUGGGACCGCCGGAGUUUCUAAAUCUGUAACUGCGAUGGACGUGGACUGA